GCUGGUUUAACUUUCACGUCUACAGGCCAACAAGUAGCUGCCGUCAUUACGCGCACGCAGGAUAUCAACGUAUAUUGUAUGGCGUUUGCCCGAGAUCUCGCGAUAUCGGUAAUUGCAAGCUACAGUCGUGAUUAGUCGAUUUGUCAACCACAAGCACAUACCAGAAUUGGCGAUUGAACAGAACUUAAUCUACAUCACAGUUAACUGGAAUUGUGGCGCAUGCGCACUGCCCCUACUGUUUGUGACAGGCCGACCGAACAUGUGGCUGUGGUUGACUGGUCGUGUUGUUGAUAACAAACUAGAGAAGACAUAACAAAACAUGUCAGGACAAUGUUGAAAUGUCGGAGCAGGGUGGAAAUUUAUUCACUCAGGAAAAUAUCGAGGAGAUUGUUGAUGUUUUAAAGGUUGACCUUGGCGAUGACAAUGGCAACGUGUUCCAGGCCAAGGUUGCGGCGAUGCAGAGGUUCCUCCGAUACGGGAUGUCCAAGUUCUCUAAGGAGAAGCUGUACCAGCACCUGUCCAUUGUGGCCAGGCGGGUGUCCGUCCAGGAGCGGAUGACCUCAUGGAAUACUCAGCACAAUAUCGUCAUCAAGAGCGUCGGUCAUCUCCGUACAGUUAUCCAGAACAUGCAUGGAAAGGACAAGUAUAAUGGGCUGCUGGAAUGUGAGAGGCAGGCCAUAAGGUACUUCUUGCACUUUUUCGUUGAUUUGGACCAUAUAAAGUGUUUAAAGGGAGCUUCGACAGAGAAGUGCACACAGUGUUGUAUUAUGACUACUUCGAUCCGUCAGACUGGAAUCCGCCCCAGAAGGGAAGUGCGGGCACAAAAGGAGGUAAGCCUGAAGACAAGGACAGCGGGAACUAUUCCAUGUCGGAACUUGAACAUGAAAAACAUGGACAGGUGACAUAUUUGAAGCCCCCAAAGGGAGGUAAUUCUCCCAGGGGAAGUGUCUCACCAAGAGGAGAUAACUCCCCAAGGGGCAAAUAUGAUGAUUCAUUUACCCAGGUUGGGUUUUCUUACUCUAAGCAUUUGGAUGGGAGUGAGAGAGAAAUGCUUCGUGUGACUGUGAAUGAACUUGAAGAGGUUAGCGAGAGGUGGGACAGACUCUUGAUGGAAGAUGAGCAGGAUCUCGAAGACUAUGACCCAGAGAGUUAUUACGAAGUGAUGGAAUGUGAGGAACAUACUAGAUUUGAAGCAGUGUUUCGCUUACUUUCUGACAUUUUUGCCAAAUGUUAUAAAGUUAUAGAACUGUCCAAACAAUGGUGGAAUCUAGCACAUAAGAUUUACAAAAGACUUCCUCUAAGGCGACCUGUGUCUCGUGGAUGGCCAAGGUGCCGGGAGAGGACUCACAGAUCUAGAAGUGACGAGGAAAUGAACACAGAGAUGGAUCCACAAGAACCCGAAGUGGAUGAAUCAGAGCAGGCAGAUCCAAUAGGUGCAGUUGAAGAGAAACAUGACGACCACGACCAUCUUAUCCAUGUCCCUGAACCUCAGAAACAGCAGAAAAAUGAGCGGGUCAAGAACAUCAAGGCUCGCCUGUUUGAUCUCUCGUAUGCUAUUCAGGAACUUGACGAGGAUCUGACUGAACAUAAAACUGACUUGAGGAAACUGGACUCAAGGGAAAGAAGGUUCCAGAUGCUGGAAAUCUUAUUUGGAAAAGUGGAUGCCAACCUGGAAGAGAUUAUGGACAAAUGUCGAAAGCUCCGCGCUCAGAGAAAAGUGACUGCUCAGAAAUACUCCUACACUUUCAGAGGCACCGAGAAAUACUUUGACUACAGGGAGAAGCUCAGGAGGCUGGAUAAGAAGCUAAUGAAAUAUGAUAACGAGAUACAGCUUUUAGUGUACAAGCAAAACGUCGUCUCACAGGAUUACAUGUUGGAGAUGGAAAUUCGACCAAACUUUAUCAGAUCGUAUGAUGAUCUGAGGACACAGAUUACUGAUAAAGAACAUUUGCUUCAGCAACGCAGGAGCGACAAGAAGGACCUUGAGGAGGAACUAGACCUCCUGGAACCAGAUGGUUUGGCGGGAAGAAGUCGAAAAAGUGAAAAUGGCAGUUCUUCUGGACAUUCCGUACUCACUGAUCCCAAAGGGGAGAUAACUGAUGACUUCCUGAUACAACACGCUAAAGACUACAAUGAGGUGUUUAAUGGUUUGGGCAAGCGAUAUGAACUGGUGAGUUCAGCUCCCCCUGUUAAGACUCAGCUCAGGAAUAUGAAAAGGAAAGAGGUGGUAACUCCAUCAGUCACUAAACCGGUGCCACCAAGUAGUGAUAAUCUACUUAAGAGUGUUACGACGAUUGAUGGUUCAAAUCUCAUUAAACCCGAAAAGCCAAAAUUCCAAUCACCUCGACCACCCCCUGGUCUCAAAAAGAGGGCACGGAAGCCGUUUCCAGGGAGACGUGGAGUUAAACAACCUGUGUGAUUUAAGGGAUCAUUCAAAGACAUGACGUUAUAUGGAACAACGUGACUCAAGACAGUCAUGUGAACUAUAUCAUUACCAGGCUGGGGCAACAUUGGGGCUGGGGCUCAGAGAACCCAGAAAGUGCAGGAACAAAUAUCUAUGCUUCAAACACGUGAGCAAAACCGAUAAUGGUUGCCACAACACAUACAUUGUUGUGAGAUGAUUUUUUAAAUAAAACAUAUGCAGUUUC